CUGCAGUCAUAGGAAAGUGGCAAGGAAUUGCUUUCAUGUGAAUUAACUUUUACUAGGGGAAAUAAAUGUGAAGUUUGAUGCCACCUGAGCUAUCAGAAGAAUUUAUGACAACUUAAGAUAGAAGGACUGACAAUCAUCAUCUCAAAAGUUUCACUGAGGACCCAAUGUCAUCCAGAUCUGGCAGCUCACGGGGGGAUGAAACUGGUGACCAGCUACCCAGCCAUUCAGCAUUCCCACCAAUCCCAGAGUCCAGUGAGACCGAGGCUGAAGGCUUGAUAUUUUAUCACAUGGAUCUUUAUGGGUCAAAGGAGAGGUUUGAUAUCUUUCCUGAAGAGCUAUCUAGUCCAGGAGACAGAUCUCGGGGAGAUGCAAGAAGUGAACCUGCACCGAGUAGUGAAAAUCUUCAGCGCUCUCAAGAAGCUGAAUAUGACUUGGAAAAGGAGGUUGCAGAGCUGGCUAAGAUGUAUGGACUUGAUGAGGAUAGAGAAAAAGAGAUUGAGAUUCUUGGAGAAUGUCUGGAGAGGGAAGAGAGCAGAUGGACAUCUGCCCACACAGGAAAAGCAGCAUUACAAGGCUCCAUGAAUAAUGCAUCAAACAGCAGCUCUCCAGUGAAAGAUCAAAGUCAAAGCACAAAGCAACAGGGACUUCCUGGUGGGGCUUCUCAAGAUGAAGAUCAGAGCAAAGCUCAAGCAGAGGAUGAGGGUGAGAGCCACAUAUGGUCCAGAGAGGGGCUUAGCAGCCGUGGCAUGUCAGAUGAGUGGAGCAGUCAGCCUGCCAGUGAGGAGGAGGAGGUGGCAGCAGAUGUUUUUUGUUGUACCUGCAAGAUGCCAAUCCGAGCUUUUGAUAAACUGUUUGGAGAGCACAAGGAUCAUGAGGUCGCUCAGCUGCUCAGUGCUGUGGAGAGUGAAAAGGAGGAGGUUCAUAAAAACAUGUGCAAGCUGGAAGAGCAGAUUGCUCAGAUGGAAAACUUUGCCAGUCACUUGGAGGAAAUCUUCAUCACUGUAGAGGAAAACUUUGGGAGGCAGGAGCAGAACUUUGAGGUGCAUUACAACGAUGCAGUGCAAGUGCUUGCUCAGAAGUAUGAAGAACAGCUGGAAGCACUGGGGGAAGAGAAGAGGCAGAAGGUGGAAGCUUUAUAUGAGCAGCUGGUCAGCUGUGGGGAACAACUUGACACCUGCAAGGAGCUGAUGGACACAACUCAGGAGCUUUACCUGGAAAAUGACAAAGCCAGUUUUAUUAAGGCAGCAGUAACCAUGGUUGACAGACUGGAAGAGUUCAUAAAGAAAGAAGUGGAUUUAAAGCUUUCAACACUGCCAGACUUUGAAGAGCGGGUCAUAGAUUUCUCUGAAGUUGAACAACUAAUGAAUUCCAUUAAUGUUAUUCCAGCUCCUUGUGCACCUGUCAUCAAUCCCCAAGCUCCCAAUGCAGCAACUGGCACCUCACUGAGAGUUUGCUGGGGCCUCUUCUCAGAUGACACUGUUGAGUGCUAUCAGCUGUGCUAUAAACGAGUUAGCAAUGAGAGGCACAGUGAAGAACCAGCAGAGCAUACACUGAAAGUCAGAGAGACAUACUGCACCAUUACUGAUCUGAUGCCAAAUACACAGUAUGAGUUUUGGGUCAGUGCUUUAAAUGCCUCUGGUACCAGUCCACCAAGUGAACGAGCAGUUUAUGUAACAGCUCCGUCACCCCCUACCAUAAAGAGUAAAAACAUUCGAAGCUGUGAAAAUGCAGCACUGGUGUCCUGGGAACCUGGAGACCUUAACCCUGUUGAUUCCUACACGGUUGAAUUGUCCAAGCUGACAGAUGAACAAGAUGGUGAUAUUAUUACUGAAUCUAUUGUUGGUAUUCCUAACUGUGAAGUCCUAAUUCACCUCCAGCCAAGACAAAGCUAUUGCAUCUUUGUUAGAGCCCUAAACCUGGGUGGUUCCAGUGAAAAAAGUGAACCUCUCCUGAUACACACAACAGGCACCUACUUCUGCCUUAAUGAGGACACAGCCCAUCCCUUACUGGCAGUUCUGGAUGAUGGAUUUACAAUUGCGUGUGAUGAACUGCAAAACCCAGACUGUGAUCUGCCUGUCUAUGAUAACAGCUUUACAAGGUGUAUUGGGAUCCUGGGAAGUCUGAUCCCAUUUCCAGGAAAGCACUACUGGGAAGUGGAAAUUGAGGAAGAUACAGAGUACAGGAUUGGUGUGGCUUUUGAAAACACUCCAAGACAUGGUUAUCUGGGGGCAAACAACUCAUCCUGGUGCAUGAGGCAUAUCAUCACACCAUCAAGGCACAAGUAUGAGUUCCUGCACAGUGGUAUGACACCAGACAUCAGAAUUACUGUCCCCCCCAGAAGGAUUGGCAUCCUGCUGGAUUAUGAGAACUGCAGACUUUCAUUUUUCAAUGCAGACAUUGCCCAGCACCUUUACACAUUCAACGCAGACUUCCAGCAUUACGUCCACCCCUGCUUUGCUUUGGAAACACCUAGUACCCUACAGAUCCAUAAUGGAAUUGCAAUACCUCCAUGGACUGCCCUCCCAUAAGCCAUGUUCUGCUCUUGCCACAUCUACAUGCAACCCACACUGAGCAAUGCCCUCUUUCAGCAUUCACUGCACACUCUCUAUAAACCAGUUCUAUCCCAAGAAAGAGAGCAGAGCAACCCUGAACCCAAACCAGCUGUCAGGCCUGAGCCCUUAGUACAGUUUCUGUCCUCUUAGGCAGGAUCUUAGCAGCAAAUAAUUAUGAUCAUAAGAUCCAUCAGCAAUUAGUAAUGGACUUCUCACCCACCCACUGUCACCAAGCAGCAAUGGCAGCUGCUCACUCACCCCCCAGUACCCAUUUGAUUCCUUGGGAACUCCCCUGCUCCACAGCCAUCAUUAAUUCCACUGUUGUGUCUGUUGAAAAGCUAGAAAUCACAAGAAAACCAAGAUUAGCAGAAGGCAUAAUCACUGUACAUCUGCUAGACAGAGCUGAAAACACUCCAGCCAUGAAGCUCAUCUCACUAUCAAGUGUUCUUGUUGCUACAUGAUGUCUGUGACACAAAAUAAUAAAUGUCUCCUUUGUUAAUCAAAUGUCUGAAUUGUUAUCCCCUACCACGCACAGUGAGGCUUCGUGAAAUACCUGAGCACACACUGCAGUCUCAAAUAUUAAAAGAUAUUUCUACACCA